AUGUCUUUUAGAGGGUGGGUCGAGGGAGCGGAGUCCGUCUUUCAGGAGUUGUUACGAGGGGUGCGCGAUCCAGUUUGGUGUAGGCAUCCAAGGACAUGUGGUGAGGGGGGGGGGGGGGGGGGGGGGGGGGAAAUCAGGGGGCAUCGUAGACUGGGAAGGGUAAUGAUCCGUUCUGUUGGGGGUAGAAGAGGAGCAUUCAGAUAUGCUCUCGCAGAUGGGGACCGAGUUGGUCAUGACAGCUCGCGUCCGGUGGAGUGGGGUGCUCAGGGCAUGGGGGAGCCUCUGUGGGGAUCGCAGGGGCUGUUGGGGGGCGAUGGGUUUGCAGCAGUGGGGUCCCGGGCAGUGGUUGGCACUCGGCUGAGGGUUUCCUGA